ACAUUCAUACGUUCGACGUCUUUAGAAUCGGUUUACCUGCUACUACAUUGUCAAUAUUAAUUGUCAUUGGACAGUUUGGUGAUGUUUGAAUCGGUUCGACGGACUUUAUUGUGAAUUUUUUUUUUCGGGAAAAUUUUCAUUGAAACAUCAGUGUUUGAAAAAAGUAUCAUGGAUUUAUCCGGGAGAUGGUUAAGAAUAUCUUAGCUUCGAAAUGCAAGGGACCGCUCUGAUGCCUCACAACCCCCAACAAGGCUUCCCACCUCCACCAGGACCUACCAUUUCAGACAUGGAAUCACCUCCAUCUCCAGACGUCGUAUCCAAGGAAAAAGCGAAUCGCAGCGAUUCCGGUAUAUUCUCCACCACCACAAAUACCACAAUCGAUCAAACGGAUCAUUCGAAAGUAUUCGAUAGCGGCGACAACAGAAGCGAUUGUUCUUCGCCCGAACGUAAAUAUUUCUGUCCCAUAUGCGAAAAAAUGUUGACCUCCCAACAUAAAUUCACUCUUCACAUACGAUCUCACAAUAACGAAAACGAAACGCACGAUUCCGAAAAGGGCUACAUCUGUCGGAUCUGUUCCAAAGUAUUAAGUUCGAACAGCAGUCUCGAUAGACAUGUUCUAGUACACAGCGGAGAACGUCCUUUCCAUUGCAAAUAUUGCGGAGAUACGUUCACCACAAACGGCAACAUGCACAGACACAUGAGGACACAUUCCCAAAGACACGAAAGCAGCUACGAAUCCGACGGUAGCUUAGACAGCGGCAGUUCCAAAAGCACCGAAUACAACAACAACAAAAUCGAAAAGAACAAAAGAAAAAAUGAAAACGUAGACGUCGGGGAGAAGAAAAUUAAAAUAGAAAACUUCCAAUGUCCCGUUUGCGAAAGAACCGAUUUCAAUUCGGCGGAUAAUCUCGAAGCUCAUCUAGAAGACAAUCAUCCGGAUUAUCCGAUUACAUGUAAUAUUUGUAAGGAAACUUUCACGAAUAGUAAACUUUUGAACGCUCACAAGAGCGCCGUACACGAUAAUUCGACGCCUAAACAACAACCCGUAAUCGGUUUUAAAGAUUUAACUUUCGUCGAUUUUUCCAGCGAAAAAUUCCCGCAUAUCGCUAGAAGAGAAUGCGAAAUUAAUUUACAUAAAGCUUCUGCCGGUUUGAAAUUUCAAUGCACUUAUUGCAGCAGGGCCUUUCCUUGUACGAAUUCUCUAAACAUACACGAAUUCCAUUGUAAAUCUCCUGGGACUAAAGGAAACGAUUCGAGUGUAAACGUUUCUCAACCUGAUAUAAGAAGAAUGGAAUUUUUUAAUAGAUUGAAUCUUGUAGAUAAUUCCCCGGAAAAACAAACAGUUAACGCUUUUACUUAUAACAAAUUGAAGGAACAUUUAGAUAGAGGGGUCGAUAAUAGUAAAGAUUUAGCUGAUAUACAAUCGAUUUUAUCGAAUAUUAAUUUGAAAAAAUUACAGACGAAUCAAACGGAUUUUAAUACGCAAAAAUCGAAAGAUGUUUUAGAAAACGAUUUCCAAAAAAACGAAGAGGAAGAAUCACAAGAUGUUUUCGCUGUGGAAUUUAGAAAAAUGAAAUUACGAGGUGAAUUCCCUUGUAGAUUAUGCCCGGAAAUAUUUCCAAAUUUAAGAGCUUUAAAAGGACAUAAUAGGAAACAUCUUGUUGGUAAUAAUAACGGUACUUAUUACUGCAAUAUGUGUCCUUAUUCUUCAAUUGAUAAAAACGCACUUACGCGUCAUAUGCGUACACACAACGGCGAUCGUCCUUACGAAUGCGCUAUUUGUAAUUACGCUUUUACUACAAAAGCUAAUUGCGAAAGACAUUUACGUAAUAGACAUUAUAAAUCAACAAGAGAAGAAGUGAAAAAAUCAAUUAUUUAUCACCCUUCCGAAGAUCCUACAAACGAAGAACUUAAUAAAUUAGUAACUAAAGAAGAAACUAAAAAAAUUGUAUCUAUAACAGAAGAAAAAAUUAAUUUCUCUCCCAAAUUAUCAGAUAUAAUGAGAAAACCUGUUUUUCCCGAUUUACAAAAUUUAAAAACAACAAAAUCGUUUCCGCACGAAAAUAUAACAGAUUACCACAAAAUACAAAGCGAAAACAAUUUCACACCCCCAUACCCCACGUUUUCUAAUAAAAUUCAAGUAAAAGACAUAAAUACGUUAAAAAUAAAUAAUUACGAAACUCGAUCUGAAGAAGAAUAUAUAGAAGAUGAUGAAGAUGAUGAAGAACCGUUAGAUCUCGUUUUAGAUUUAAGUAAAAAAAAAUCUACGGAUUUAUUAGAUAAAGAUGACGAAGAUAAACCACAAGAUUUGACUAAAAAAACUUUACCCCCGAUACAACAACAAAUAUCCCCGAAUAUAGGACAUAUUUUCGCGGCUCAACAACUACUCAAAUCUCCUCCGAAAUUAGACGCCGCGGCUUUAUACGCCACACAACUAGCUAUAUAUAGAAGCGGUUUUCCGAUACCAAAUUGGCCUGGAUUACCUAUAAAUCCAUUAUUUUUCUCAGCGGUACCGCCUAGUUUACCUCACAAUACCCAGGAAUUGAAAGAACGUAUGCAGAGGUUCCAAUUAUGCGGUGGUUCGAUGAUAUCGGACGAAGUUAAAAAUAUCCAAUUGCAUCGUGGUUUCCCGGAUAGAUUGGAACAAAGAUCCGAAGUGGUUUAUUCCACUCCGAAAAAACCAGAAGAACCUUUAAGUUUAAAUAUCGAAAGUAAUUUUCAAGAUAACAAAUUACAAAGUCCGAUUUCGUCGAAUAAACCACCGGAUGCGAUGCAUUCCCCCAACGCCGUAAAGAUGGUUAUUAAAAACGGGGUUUUGAUGCCUAAACAGAAACAGAGAAGAUAUAGAACUGAACGUCCUUUUACCUGCGAGCACUGUUCGGCGCGAUUUACUUUGAGAUCGAACAUGGAGAGACACAUCAAACAACAACAUCCGCAGUUUUGGUCGCAAAGACAACGCAGCGCCGUCGGUAAUCCGGGAAAGAAACCCCAUGUAGGAAUAAAACCGGAUUUUUGUGAUAUUAAUAUACCUAAUCCUAUCUACGAAUUCAACAAAUACCAAAAAUUUGACGAUACCAAAGAUGAUAAGCUCAAAUUUUCUCUAUUAUCUCAACAACUUUGUAAAAUCGAUAAUAGGAAAGAAGAAGACGAAGAUUGCGCUCUGAUUAUAGACGAGCACGAAAGUAAAAUCGAUGAAAUCGAACAAGAAGACGAAAAACCGAACGUGAAAACGUCGAAAAGCGAAGAAAAUUCCGAUCUAGUGCCCGUAUCUAGAUUAUUGGAUAACGCCUCCCAACAACAAUUUAAAGAAUUUUUUAAAAGAGAAGGUGAAGAACACGAAGUCGGAUUAGCUAGCGAAGAAGACGAGGAAGGUCUAGUAGCCAGCGGUAGUACUAGCGAAGGAAACGUUUCCGGUACAGACGAAAAUAAAUCUGAAUCAGAUGUGGUUCAGCCGGUGAAGAAAAAGUCCGCUUACUCCCUGGCGCCGAACCGCGUGAGUUGCCCGUAUUGCAGCAGGAAAUUUCCUUGGAGUUCUUCGUUGCGUCGUCACAUCCUGACCCAUACGGGACAAAAACCAUUCAAAUGCAGUCACUGUCCGUUACUUUUCACGACGAAAUCGAACUGCGAUCGCCAUCUAUUGAGAAAACACGGUAACUCGGCAACGACUAUACCCAACGACGUUACCAACAACGCCAAUUAUUUGAUGAGAAACGUACCGGAACGUCCGUUUAAAUGUUCCCAUUGUCCGAGCAGUACGUUCUCGACUUAUUCGAAUUUGAAAAAACACAUAAGUUGCAAACAUUCCACGAAUUUACAAGGCGAAGAUAUCAAAGCUCAAGGCUACGAAGCGGGCAGUUCGGAAGACGAAAAACUACCCAAAAAUGAUUGGGAUAAACAAACGGCUUACAAACUUCCCGAUUGCGCUAUACAAAAUUCCGAUUUACCUUACAAAUGCCAUUUGUGCGAAGGUUCCUUCGCCGAAAGACAGGAAGCUUUGGAUCACAUUCGAGAUAGACACGUGCCCGAAUACGAGCUUCUGAUGUCGAAAAACGCCCUGGAAAGUAACGGACCCUCGCAAGAAGAACAUAUUAAUAACGACGACGACGACGUGGAAAUCCGAGGAAAAUUUCCCGAUUAUUCCAAUAGGAAAGUGAUUUGCGCUUUUUGUAUGCGUCGAUUUUGGUCGGCGGAAGAUUUGAGAAGACACAUGCGCACCCAUACCGGAGAAAGACCUUUCAGCUGCGACAUCUGCAAGAGAAGAUUCACACUAAAACACAGUAUGCUGCGACAUAGAAAAAAGCACAACGUCAAUUUCGAACAUGACGCUGCAGCUAGCGACGAAGAUGGUAAUAACGGUUCAUCGCCUACGUACUCGAAAAGAGAAUGCAAUUCGACGGUGAAGACGGACGAAUCCGAAGGUACCGAAAGCGCGGAUUUGAUCGGUAAUCUUUUAGGUUUAAGAGGAUCUAUUAUAGAUAAGGUAUUGACCGCAUCAGCGGAUGAUGCGGCUAAACUUUUAGGCGUUAAAAACGGCGUCAAAGAAUAAUUAUAUUUGUUUUUCUUUUUUUUCUUAUUGAAUUUUAUAUAAUUUUCCCAUUUAAAUUUUUAAUUUUCUUUUUAUUGUAAUAGAGAAGGAAACGUUUAUGUACAAAGAGGUUCGUUUUAUUAGAAAUAUAUACUGGAAUUGUUAAUUUUUACAUGCGGUAUCAUAUACAAAGGCGUCCAAACAAUUAUAUUCAAUAGAGUUGUUUCCAAAAACACAUUUCAACAUAUAAUAUUGAAUUGCGGAAAGGCUCGCACUCUACAAACAUUUACCACGUCCCCGGUAUCUAUCGCAUACCUUCUUAAUGUACCAAAUGAAUAAUAGUCCCAUGAAGAUAAGUCCGGACUAUCAGGAGGGAGUUCUAGUGUGCAGAUCAAUCAGAUGAUAAUUCUUGAGUGAAGAUAUGGAUCCAUAUUUUAUUUUAUUGUCGUUUUUGAUGUUUUUUGGAGGAAUCACAUCAAUUGGACGACCAGAACAUUCAUCAUCAUCACCACCACGUUUAAAUUCAUCGAACCAAUAACAAAUGAUUCUUUUCAAUGUAGGAGAGUCCACUUUUGAAGCAACUGCUUAGCUUGUACAAUAUUUUCUUCGUCAAGAAUCACACACGAAUUUUUUUUUCGAAAAUAACAAUUUGGUACUUCGAAAACGUCGUAUGGGUUUGAUUUGAUUUUUUAUAUAAAUCCAAAAUCACUGGAUUUUAUAAAAAUUACAAAAUUUUAUCUUUAUUUGGGAUGGGUUGCCUUGGGACAGCGCCUUUUUAGAUUUUAGAUAAUGAUACGUUUUAAAAUUAUUUGGAUUUUCUAAUUUUAUGAUAAUUGAAAGUUUCGUAGUUAUCAAUUUAUGUUUAAUAAUUAGAAAAAGGUUUUUUUUUUGAGAAAAACGGUAUUUUUUUCAUUUUUCACCAAGGCCGACAAUUUUCAAUGAUUUAAAACUUAUUUUGGUCAGUGAAAUAUACGAUUUUAGACAAAAAAUUCACAAAAUAGAAUUUUCAUAAAGGCUCUGAAUGGAUAAAAAAAGGUUCAAUAUACAAAUUGAACGCACUCAAAAUAAUUUAAAUGUUCAGGUAAGAUAUUAAAUGGUCCUUUAUCUUGUUAUCUAAUCCUGAUGCCUUUCAAUUUUAUAAUCUGUAAGGUUUGUUGGAUUCGAGUCAUUGCGUAGAUUCCUUUUUCCACAGCUGUCUCUAUUUUUUCCUAAUCUGUGUGUUUUGAUUCAUUUCUUGUCUUCUCAUUCCUCGUUUUUCUUAUUAUAUCUUCACUUUUCCUAUUCAGCUCCGUUUCGGUUUUCAAGUUCAUGUUUCAUGCGCUUUCUCUCCCAUAUCAUCAUUUUUUCUAUCCAAUUUCUCCUCCUGGAUCCUCCUCACUUCUUUUAGUAACUUGGUGCUUCAUGCAUUUCUCCUUUAUUGUUUAUUUCUUCUGUCUAAUUUCUGUUUGAUUUUCCUUCCUUGUUUUUAUAAAAGUUCGUGUUUCAUGCGUUUUUCUCCUCCUUAUCAUUAUUUUUUCUGUCCAAUUUCUCCUCCCGGGUCCCCCUCUCUUGUUUUAAUAGCUUGGUGCUUCAUGCAUUUCUCCUUUAUUGUUUAUUUCUUCUGUCUAAUUUCUCUUUGAUUUUCCUUCCUUGUUUUUAUAAAAGUUCGUGUUUCAUGCGUUUUUCUCCUCCUUAUCAUCAUUUUUUCUGUCCAAUUUCUCCUCCUGGGUCCCCCUCUCUUGUUUUAGUAGCUUGGUGCUUCAUGCAUUUCUCCUUUAUUAUUUAUUUCUUCUGUCUAAUUUCUCUUUGAUUUUCCUUCCUUGUUUUUAUAAAAGUUCGUGUUUCAUGCGUUUUUCUCCUCCUUAUCAUCAUUUUUUCUGUCCAAUUUCUCCUCCUGGGUCCCCCUCUCUUGUUUUAGUAGCUUGGUGCUUCAUGCAUUUCUUCUUUAUUGUUUAUUUCUUCUGUCUAAUUUCUCUUUGAUUUUCCUUCCUUGUUUUUAUAAAAGUUCGUGUUUCAUGCGUUUUUCUCCUCCUUAUCAUCAUUUUUUCUGUCCAAUUUCUCCUCCUGGGUCCCCCUCUCUUGUUUUAGUAGCUUGGUGCUUCGUGCAUUUCUCCUUUAUUGUUUAUUUCUUCUGUCUAAUUUCUCUUUGAUUUUCCUUCCUUGUUUUUAUAAAAGUUCGUGUUUCAUGCGUUUUUCUCCUCCUUAUCAUCAUUUUUUCUGACCAAUUUCUCCUCCUGGGUCCCCCUCUCUUGUUUUAGUAGCUUGGUGCUUCGUGCAUUUCUCCUUUAUUGUUUAUUUCUUCUGUCUAAUUUCUGUUUGAUUUUCCUUCCUUGUUUUUAUAAAAGUUCGUGUUUCAUGCGUUUUUCUCCUCCUUAUCAUCAUUUUUUCUGUCCAAUUUCUCCUCCUGGGUCCCCCUCUCUUGUUUUAGUAGCUUGGUGCUUCAUGCAUUUCUCCUUUAUUGUUUAUUUCUUCUGUCUAAUUUCUCUUUGAUUUUCCUUCCUUGUUUUUAUAAAAGUUCGUGUUUCAUGCGUUUUCUCCUCCUUAUCAUCAUUUUUUCUGUCCAAUUUCUCCUCCUGGGUCCCCCUCUCUUGUUUUAGUAGCUUGGUGCUUCAUGCAUUUCUUCUUUAUUGUUUAUUUCUUCUGUCUAAUUUCUGUUUGAUUUUCCUUCCUUGUUUUUAUAAAAGUUCGUGUUUCAUGCGUUUUUCUCCUCCUUAUCAUCAUUUUUUCUGUCCAAUUUCUCCUCCUGGGUCCCCCUCUCUUGUUUUAGUAGCUUGGUGCUUCAUGCAUUUCUCCUUUAUUAUUUAUUUCUUCUGUCUAAUUUCUCUUUGAUUUUCCUUCCUUGUUUUUAUAAAAGUUCGUGUUUCAUGCGUUUUUCUCCUCCUUAUCAUCAUUUUUUCUGUCCAAUUUCUCCUCCUGGGUCCCCCUCUCUUGUUUUAGUAGCUUGGUGCUUCAUGCAUUUCUUCUUUAUUGUUUAUUUCUUCUGUCUAAUUUCUCUUUGAUUUUCCUUCCUUGUUUUUAUAAAAGUUCGUGUUUCAUGCGUUUUUCUCCUCCUUAUCAUCAUUUUUUCUGUCCAAUUUCUCCUCCUGGGUCCCCCUCUCUUGUUUUAGUAGCUUGGUGCUUCGUGCAUUUCUCCUUUAUUGUUUAUUUCUUCUGUCUAAUUUCUCUUUGAUUUUCCUUCCUUGUUUUUAUAAAAGUUCGUGUUUCAUGCGUUUUUCUCCUCCUUAUCAUCAUUUUUUCUGACCAAUUUCUCCUCCUGGGUCCCCCUCUCUUGUUUUAGUAGCUUGGUGCUUCGUGCAUUUCUCCUUUAUUGUUUAUUUCUUCUGUCUAAUUUCUGUUUGAUUUUCCUUCCUUGUUUUUAUAAAAGUUCGUGUUUCAUGCGUUUUUCUCCUCCUUAUCAUCAUUUUUUCUGUCCAAUUUCUCCUCCUGGGUCCCCCUCUCUUGUUUUAGUAGCUUGGUGCUUCAUGCAUUUCUUCUUUAUUGUUUAUUUCUUCUGUCUAAUUUCUCUUUGAUUUUCCUUCCUUGUUUUUAUAAAAGUUCGUGUUUCAUGCGUUUUCUCCUCCUUAUCAUCAUUUUUUCUGUCCAAUUUCUCCUCCUGGGUCCCCCUCUCUUGUUUUAGUAGCUUGGUGCUUCAUGCAUUUCUUCUUUAUUGUUUAUUUCUUCUGUCUAAUUUCUGUUUGAUUUUCCUUCCUUGUUUUUAUAAAAGUUCGUGUUUCAUGCGUUUUUCUCCUCCUUAUCAUCAUUUUUUCUGUCCAAUUUCUCCUCCUGGGUCCCCCUCUCUUGUUUUAGUAGCUUGGUGCUUCAUGCAUUUCUCCUUUAUUGUUUAUUUCUUCUGUCUAAUUUCUCUUUGAUUUUCCUUCCUUGUUUUUAUAAAAGUUCGUGUUUCAUGCGUUUUUCUCCUCCUCAUCAUCAUUUUUUCUGUCCAAUUUCUCCUCCCGGGUCCCCCUCUCUUGUUUUAAUAGCUUGGUGCUUCAUGCAUUUCUCCUUUAUUGUUUAUUUCUUCUGUCUAAUUUCUCUUUGAUUUUCCUUCCUUGUUUUUAUAAAAGUUCGUGUUUCAUGCGUUUUCUCCUCCUUAUCAUCAUUUUUUCUGUCCAAUUUCUCCUCCUGGGUCCCCCUCUCUUGUUUUAGUAGCUUGGUGCUUCGUGCAUUUCUCCUUUAUUGUUUAUUUCUUCUGUCUAAUUUCUGUUUGAUUUUCCUUCCUUGUUUUUAUAAAAGUUCGUGUUUCAUGCGUUUUUCUCCUCCAUAUCAUCAUUUUUUCUGACCAGUUUCUCCUCGUGGGUCUUCCUCUCUUGUUUUUGUAACUUGGUUUUCCUUCCUUGUUUUUGUAAACUUGUUCUAUAUUUUUCUUUCGUAGUAAUCGUUCGUUUCCCAUCCACAUUUUUUUGGUACGUUUAUAUGAUCGUUUUAUGAACAAUAUUUUAUCUACAGCGUUCUGUUUACUGCUAUAAUUAUCGACACGCGUAAUCAACGCGCAUUUCGAGCAGACAAAACGAAAUUAUACGAGGCGUGGUUAAAUAGUGAUGAUGUGAUGAAUAAUUUUAGAAAUAAUUCGAAAAAUAAUUUUUUUAAUAAAGAUAUAUAAAAAAAAUGUAUAGAUACGCAUUGUUAGAUUAUGUUUUGUUGAAGAAUAUAGUACAAUUUUAUUUUCGACUGAAUUAGGUUAGAAUUUUUAGCUUCUAUACCAUACGCAUUUCCUUCUUAGAAAUUAUCACGAAAUAUAUAUUUUUUUUAAGUAAGUUUAAUUUGAAAUAUGUUAUUUACAUGUAAAUACAAAAAAAUAUAGAUAAUAAGAUAUUUUUUAUCUAGUCACGUUCAAUACAACGAAAAAAAAAUUAUAUGAUUGUUAAAGAAGUUGUAUCAUAAUUUUUUUUAAAUUUCGUUUCGAAUUAAUUUUUCAUUACAUAAUAUAUAUUUUUUUUUUGUACAUAAAUGAAUAUACGGUCUAGGUAUACCAAAUAUUAUUUAUUUCCUAUUUGUCAAAUUCCUGGCACGGAUUUUGACAGACCAAACACCAUUUCUACUAUUGAAUCUAUUUGCCUUAAUUAUAAAUAUAUAUAUAAUAUAUAUAUAAAAAAACGUGUCUUGAGUAUUGCCUUUAGAUUUACGAAAUGUAAAUUAAGCAAUAUAAUUAUUUUAUAUAUAUAUAUAACGCAAAUAUUUAGGCUUAAUACACUUUUUAUAGUUAAAUUUAUAACCGAAAAUAAAAAAGAUUUCAGAAAAGUUUUACCGAAAAAUAAUAAAUCAUAGUUUCCACAUUUUUUAAAAAUUCAUUUUGUAUAUAAACCAAUUUACAAGCACGACACUUUUCAUAAAAAAAUUCACUUAAAAUACGAGGUAUAUCCACAAGGUUCCGUUUGAUUAUUUCAUUUCGUCGUUGAAAUAUUCAAAGAUUUAAGUCGUAUUAUAAAUUGUUCAUUAGAUCUGAUUCUAUGCAUAAAAGGUCCGAGGCCUUGAGUGUUUCUUGACUUAAGGCCGCAAUACAAAACAAGGCGCAAUAUUUCUUAAUAAAAAGCAUGCGCAGAUGAAAUUUAGCUGAUCGUAUCAUGCAAGAUCUCGAACUUGCAACAUCUUCGAUUCGAAAUUUAACUCUCUUAUAGAAUUAGACAGCCAUGAUGCAUUGACAAGUGACACGCGACGUGUCAUAUUCAUACAAGCGAUAUUUUGAGCUUACAAGAAAUUGCACGCGGCCUUUAAAAUCGAUAGUGAAUGGCUCUUUUCAAGCAAGAAAAGCUUCUGUCUCCUGGAUCUUUUAUAACUCGAAGAUAAACGUUUUUUUCUUGUUUUUUCAUUUCUCCUGCAUAUAACUUUCUAUACGUUCAAUCCCACGCCUUUUUAUUCAAAAUAUUCGAAAUUCUCAUCAAAACUCAUGUUUUCAGUACGAAUAAUAAUUAUGUCGAAUCUUGUGAAUCGAAAUUGUCGCCCAUUGAAAUUUACCGUCCUAGACUACAACCUACUCCACCUGCUGGUAAAUCCCCCUCUCAGAAUGUGUCCGGUAAAUUAACUUGAUGUUUUUAGAUGUAAAAAACACCCAAAACAGUUUCAGUAUCCAAAUAGAAUUCCAGAUGUUUCCAUUUUUUCCUUUUCUCUAUCUUUUCAUUCGCCCCCUGCCAUUUUAAUCAUCGAAAGCCCCUUCUCGAUCUGCCUUUCUUGUUUUCGUGAAUCGUUACAAUAAUUUUCAGAAAGAAUUGUUGGGUUGUUGAACCACUACUGCAACAAUAAUCUCUGGGAUCUAAUUUUAGGUAGGAUUUAGAUCAGGAUUAUACGGUGGCCAUUCCAUAACCCCAAAACCCCAAAAGAUGCUUUAGGUUUUCGUCUUACUGUCCGAUUUGUAUGUCGAUUCAAAAUGUCAAUGACGGCGUUUAACCUGAUGGAACUUGAACUCGAGCAAACUUUGUCUAAGCAAGGUGCAUAUUUUAGAUAAGGAAUCACUUCUAGACACCUUUUGGCAGCUUUUUAACUAAUUCAGAGGUUAAACGAAUAGAUUGCACGAUCGGACGCUUCGAGUUGGCGUUUGUAAUUUCUUUUUUGGCACAUUCUACAAAUCUGGGGAUUAAUCAAAUCUUUAGAUUAGAAUGGUAAAGCUCCGGGACCAGACGGCUUGACAAUCGAGGCAAAAGAAACCUGAACAAGUCCUAGAAUAUCUUAACGAGCUUCUGGGAAAACAAAAGUUGCCGGACCCGUGGAAGAAAGCAAAACUCCUUCGGAAAGCUGAUAAAACGCGGAAGGACUUGAAGAAAAAGUAUCCCUAUCACCACCAGCAAGACUUGAGAGCCAAACGCUUAACUAAAUCUGUAAUUAAGGAACUGAAAAAUAAGAUGAAGAACGGCGGUGAUAAAUUGGUAUAAAAAAUGGCGGUGAAUUUAUCACGAAAACUUAAUUAUUUCCAUAAUUUGAAUGAAGUCAACUUGGAACACUUUAUGUUUGAUUUUGAUUCGAAUUGAAAUUUUUGCUGAAAUCUUUUUAUUUUAAUAAUUAUUUUAGUCAUAGUGAGAAAACCAAAAAUCAAAAAUUGAAGCUUAAAUGUUAAGUAAUUAAACGCUAUUCCCGUCGUUGCUGUGAGAUUUAUAUAAAUGUUAGUUUAAAGUAGAUUUACACCUUUAUUUUUAUUUUCUCGUGCACCUUUUUUCGAUUGUAUCUGAAAGGGAUUUUCUACACACAUUCACGCUGUGUCUUAAGAAUUGUAAGUUUGUUUUUAUCGUUGGUAUCGAUCGUUAAUUCGAUUAUCGAAAAAAUCGAUUUUAGCAAUUUUGAAAAAGCAAUUCGAGUGUGUUUUAUAGAUUUUCAAUCAUACCUAUUAUAAUAUGUAACUGUUUUGUGAAUAAUCUAAUUUUUCGGUUCAGAAUAUGUAUGCCAUAUUUAUUUGUAUAAUUCAAUUUGUGAAAUAUGUAAUGAUUACGUUAAUUUACUGGUUUAUUUUCAAUAAAUGACAAUUGA